AUGAAUAUCUAUUACAUUAGUGUGUUAUUAUUUCCCAUUAUAUUAAAUAUAUUAGUAAAUAAUCUAUGGAACAUUAAUGUCACCACAACAAAACCAACCACUAGGUUAUUGUGCGAUUGCGACAUAUAUACGUCAAUAUAUGAUAAUGACCCGGAAAUGCAAAAGUUGAGGGAAAAUUUCGAACGUCACACCUCUCAGCGAUUCAAAGAAUACGAGGAAAGGAUGCAUGAUAAACGUAUGAAGUGUAAAGAACAGUGCGAUAAAGAAAUACAGCAAAUUAUAUUAAAAGAUAAAAUCGAAAAAGAAUUAAAGGACAAAUUAAGUGUGUUGGAAACAGAUAUAGAUAUUGACUCUAUCCCGACCUGUGUGUGCGAGAAAUCAGUAGCAUAUAAAACAGAGAAAUUUUGUCUCAAUUGUGGGAAAAAUAUGGGAGCCAUUGCCCCCUGUUGGGGUCUGGUCUGUGGUGUAGGGUAUGCGGGAUGGUUACAGUAUGCAUCAGCAACGGUACUUCAAGAGAGUAUUAAAAAAGGUAUAGAGAUGGGUUUAACUAAAAUCACAGAAAUAGCAUCAAAUCUUUGGCAAAUUGAAGCGUCUAAGAUACCUACAGUUGAUACACUAACAAAGAUGAUUGCAGGAAAGAUUACUGACGACGUAUCCUUUUCUGGUAUAUUUCAAACUUUAAAUAGUGCUAUUGCCGGCAAAUUGGAUACGGACAAAUAUGCUUACUUUUCCUUUAACAUACAAUCUAUGGCAACACCUGCUAAACUUAAAUCAUUUAAGAUAGAAACACAAUUAGUUGCAAAAGCUGUUUCUGAUGCUAAAGAUGUUGCACUUACUAAUACAGGAAAUGUAACUAGUGCUUUAACAACUACUAUUAUUGCUUCCGUUGUUGUAAUAGUAGUUAUAGUUUUGGUAAUGGUAAUUAUUUAUUUGAUUUUACGUUAUCGUAGUAAAAAAAAAAUGAAGAAAAAACUCGAAUAUAUGAAAUUAUUAAAGGAAUAA